AUGGAAGACAGUGCCAUAUCAUUGCAUCGAGGAGACAUGUCUGUUGCAGAGCUCAAGGCGCAAGGAAACGCAAGCUUUGCCGCAAAAGACUAUGCGUCUGCUAUCCAGCAUUACACGAGUGCCAUCGAAGCUGCCAAGAGCACUGGCGAGAAGGAUGGUGUGCAUGUGUUGUACUCUAACCGCAGCGCCAGCUACGCUGGCAUGAAGGAUUGGGAGGCUGCUCUGAAAGAUGCUGAAGAAACCAUUUCCCUUAAUCCCUCGUUCGCAAAGGGUUACGGACGCAAGGGAAGUGCGUUGCACGGCAAACGAAUGUACGAUGAAGCCAUUACAGCCUACCAGAAGGGCCUGGAGGCAUGUCCAGAUGACGCUGGCUUGAAGAAAGGUCUCGCUGAUGUGGAACGUGCGAGUCAGGAAAGUAUGGGUACGAAUGACCCUGCCUCUUCGAUUGGCAACCUGUUCCGUGAUCCUCAAAUGUUUGACAAGCUGUCCAAGAACCCAUCGACCAAGGACCUGCUCAGUGAUCAGGCCUUUGUGCAGCAGCUCAAGGAUUUGCAAAGUGGCAAGACAAACCCAAUGAUGGCCAUGCAAGAUCAACGCAUGAUCCAGGUGAUGGGUGCUUUAAUUGGUGUGGAUAUGAAGGCGUUUGAGCGCCCAUCUGACUCUGACGACGCUCAGCCACCAAGAGAACAGCCGGCACCCAAGCCGUCAACUGCCCCCCCUAAGGAAGAGCCGAAAAUGGAACCUGAGCCGGUAGACCCUGCCGUGGCUGAAGCUGAAAAAGAAAAGAAGAUCGGUAAUGAGCAUUACCUAAAGCGCGACUUUGACGUGGCCAUCCAACACUACCAAAAGGCAUGGGAUCUGCAUCACGAUAUCACCUACCUGAACAAUUUGGGUGCCGUCUACUUCGAAAAAGGCGAGUUGGACACUUGCAUCCAGACUUGCGAAAAGGCCGUUGAAGAAGGCCGUGCGAUGUUGGCGGACUACAAGCUGGUCGCCAAGGCGUUUGGUCGUAUUGGUACCGCAUAUCUGAAGAAAGAUGACCUUGAGCAGGCUAUCACGUACUUUGAGAAAUCAUUGACCGAGCACCGGACCCCUGAAAUUCUCAACAAGCUCCGUCAAACGGAGAAGGAACAGAAGGAACGCGCUCGCCAAGCAUACAUCGAUCCUGUCAAGGCGGAGGAAGAGCGCAACCGAGGUAACACUCUGUACAAAGAGGGCGAUUUCCCAGGUUCAGUGCAGGCAUACACAGAGUCCAUUAAACGCAACCCAUCUGACCCCCGUGGCUAUACCAACCGUGCGUCUGCUUACACCAAGCUUGCGGCCUUGCCAGAGGCUCUAAAGGAUGCUAACGAGGCUAUUAAUGUCGACCCCAAGUUCGUCAAGGCCUACAUCCGGAAGUGUAACGUUCUUUUCUCUAUGAAAGAAUUUACUAAGGCUUUGGAGGCUGCCCAAACCGCUAGUGAUAUCGACAGCGAAAGCGAAGGUGGCGCGCAACACCAACGUGAGAUUCAAGGACUUCUGAAUAAGUGCAUGAAUGCUCUGUAUGCUCAACGUUCUGAUGAGACGGAUGAACAAACGCUUGAGCGUGCCAUGCGCGACCCUGAAGUGGCUGGUAUCAUGCAGGAUCCUGUUAUGCAGUCGAUCCUCCAACAGGCACAAUCAAACCCCGCAGCCCUGCAAGAUCAUAUGAAGAACCCAGGUAUCCGUGCCAAGAUCCAAAAGCUGGUUGCUGCUGGUAUCAUCCGCACUCGUUAG